AUGGAAAAUUUUGCAUAUAUUGACAAAAAUGUCUAUAUAAAUAUUUUAAUACUAAUUUUAAAAAAUUUAAAGGAGUAUUUAUUAGGUAUAGGCAUUUUUAAAUUAAUUUUUUGUUUAUUUAUAAUAGUGUUAAGUAUACUUUUUGCGAAACGAAGUAAAAAAAAAAAAAAAAAAAUUAACAUAUAUCUACAGAUAAAUAGAAAUAAUACUAAACACAAUGAAUCAGUAAUAAAUGAUGAACAAACAUUAUAUAACGAUGGAGAGAAAGAAAAUGACCAUCAUAAAGAAGAAAAGGAAAUAGAAAAUGAAGCAUAUCACAUAACCCAUAGUUCACACAUAUUUGAUCUAAAAAUUAUAAGCACAACAGAACUAUGUAGCGUGUGCAAUGAUAAUAUAUAUGCAUUUAUUUUUAACAAGAAAAAUAUAUUUGAAUGUGUUAUAUGUAAAAAUAAAUGUCAUAUUGAAUGUGCUCCGAAUUCAAAUUUAAUGAGCUGCAAAAAUUCCAUAUUUUUUAAAAAUAAACAUAAAUUUAUAAAAAUCAAAAAUAGUUUAUGGAACGGUAAAUGUGACAUUUGUAAUAAAAAUUUGUCUUACUUCUCAUUUUCUAUAUAUGACAUAAAAUAUAUAUAUAAAUGUAUAUGGUGCAAUGAAUAUUUUCAUGGAAAAUGUAUAAAUAAAAUUAUACAUAAAAAAAUAAAUAAUGACAUUAGCAAGAAAAACACCGAUUUAAUAUGUACUUAUGGUAAUAAUAAAUUCCUUUUAUAUCCCCAUGAAAUAUUUGUUAAAGAAAAGUAUCUAUUAUAUUUUUUAAUGCAAUCCUACCAAAAAACAAAUAAAACACAAAUACAAAAGGCCGAUAUAUUACUAAAUUAUAAUGAAACACAACUGGAAAAUUAUACAUCCGAAAAUGAGUUGGUAGUACAAAAGGAGAUAGGUAAUUUUUCAAUUCAAAUACUCGAAAGCGAUAAAAAUAGGGAAUUAAUACAUUUUAAUUAUCUAAGUAAUUCUAAAAAGUAUCAAAGUUUAAUCAGUUCGAAAGUCACAGAAAAUGAUAAUAAUAAUUCAGUAGUAGACAAACAAAAUCAUACAAUACAUAUAAAUAUGCUUUUGAAUUUUUUACCUAUACAUAUACCUAUAUAUGAAAUAAAUUCCCAAAAUAAAUUUCUUCUAAUAUUUGUAAAUGUAAGAAGUGGAGGUCAAACAGGAAAAAAUUUAUACAGAGAAUUAUUAGUAUAUUUUAACCCACUACAAAUAAUAAAUAUAGAAAAUGAAUCAAGUGUUGUAAAUACCCUUCAUAUGUAUAAAGAAAUGUUAUAUCAAAAAAAAGUUAUUAUUUUCUUGUGUGGUGGUGAUGGAACUAUAAGUAUUUUUAUCGACACUCUGAUCAAAUUUUUUUCUAAUAAUCCCCCUUUUAAUAUAUAUGAGGAAAAGGAAAAUUUCCCAAAAAAAAAAAUAAAAAAUAAAAAAAUAAAUCAUAUAACUGAAAAUGCUAAUAAAAUAUCUAAUAAAGCUAUUACAUUGUUUAAUAAAUAUAUUAUGGCAACCUCAAAAGUUGCUCUAAAAAAAAGUGAUAAUAAUAAUACUUCCAAAAUGUUAUUAAAUAAAGAAAGGAAUGAAACCAAAUGUGAUAUUACCAAUAAUUGCUCCGAUACAAACCAAUCAAAACCACUUUUAGAAAAUGAAGACAUUGAUUCACAUAUUGAAGACAAGAAUAAUAUGAACAAUGAAUGCGAUGAUAAUAAUAAUAGUAGAAAGAUAAAUGACAUUGUAUUAAAUAACGGGACAAAUAUUUAUAGUGAUCUUUAUAAAAAUUAUGAUGAUAAUAUGUUUAUUAAUAGAGGCGCAAAAACCGAUAUCGGUUCAGAUGCAAGUUUAACCAACGAAAGUAUUUCAUAUAUGAGUCCAUUUCCAAAUAGUGAUUCUAUGUGUAAUAAUUUCAGAAAAAGUAUUAACAAAAAACACAAAAAAAAAUAUGUAAAUUUACUUGAAAAUUUGAAUAUAUAUAAAGACGAAAAAGAUGCUAUUUAUAUAGAUCAUACUUUGAAUGGCUCACGUAUUAAUAAAUCAUUCAUUGAAAAAUAUAAUAAUAGUUAUAGUUAUAUUUCAGGAUAUAGUAAUAAGUUUAUUGAUAUAAAUAAACCAUGGAAUAAUAGUAAUUCCUAUAUAUAUUCUCGUAGUUUAAAAAAGAAAGAAUCUAAUAACAGUAUUAAAUAUCAUGAGGAUAAGGAAAAUGAAAUCGAACAUAUACCUACAGAAACAAAUUUACAUAAUAAUAAUUCUUCAUAUUACAAAGAAAAUAGCAUUAAAAAUGAUUCAAUGAAAUAUGACAAAAGUAGCUCUAAUGAAGGUCAUUCAAAUUAUCAGGAGGAUGAAAGUUCAGACACAAGUGAAAGUUUAGAUGAAGAAGAAAUAAUACAAAAAAAAAACAAAGAAACACAACCCAAAACAAAAAAAUGGUUAAAAUAUAUUAGUAAAGAAUCUGAAAAAAUACAUAAAAAAUUUAUAAAACGAAAUAUUAGCAAAAUUCAAGAACGAUUUAAUCUAAAUAAAUCCCAAGAAAAUGAAAAUGAUACUAUAAACGACAACACCUCAAACAAUUCAGUCAGUUCAAAUAAUACAUACACAGUAAAAUCAUAUAUUGCAAAUACACCCAUAGCUAUAAUGCCCUUAGGAACUGGAAAUGAUUUAUGUAUUAGUUUAGGCUGGGGAAAAACAUAUAUUAAUAAUAUAUCUUUAUAUUUAAACAAAAUAGAACAUAGUAAAAACCAAUUAACCGAUGUAUGGAGUAUUAAGGCAUAUGAUUUGGGAAAUAAUAUUGUUCUAAAUAAUAUUUUUAUUAACUAUUUUGAUAUUGGACUUAUAUCAAGAUUAGCAUUACAUUUUGAUAAUAUACGAAAACAAUUCCCACAUUUAUUUAACAGUAGAUUAGGUAACAAACUAUUAUAUGGAGAAGUUGGAUUCAGAGAUUUAUUUUUAAAUACAUAUAGAUAUAAACUUAAUAAACAAAUCAAAUUAUAUUGUGAUGGAAAAAGAGUCAAAGUUGAUCAAGACGUAGAAAGUAUAUGCUUUAUAAAUAUACCAUAUAUUUUAGGAGGUCGUAAUAUAUGGAAAAACGAGAAUUUGCAAUAUUGCUAUUAUUCUGAUUUUGAAAAAGGAUAUGAUGAAAAUGAAACCGAUCAAAUAAAAAAGAAAAAGAAAUUAACAAAAAAAGCAACAAAAGCAAAAAAAAAUAUACACACCAAUAAAUCAACGAAUACACAAAUACACACAUCUGAUAAUAAUUAUGAAAACAACUCAUAUACACAAUCUUUAAAAAAUGAAUUUCAUAACGAUGAAGAUAUAAAUGUUCAAAGAGAAACAUCUAAAAGUUGCUCAUAUAAAUAUCCUGAACAAAUUAUGUAUGAAGAAAUGAAAGAAAAUAUAAAACACAUAGACGAUGAAACUAACACAACUGAUUAUAGUAAUAUAUACAAACCACAUAAAUCAUAUCUUUAUAAACGCAAAAAAAAUUUUCAAACGUUCAAAAAACAACAAAUUGAUGAUAAACUUAUUGAAGUUUUUGGAAUUAAAAAUAUGUUUCAUUUGAUUCAAAUACAUUUAGGAUUAUCUAGCCCAAUAAAGUUAUGCCAAGGGCAUGAACUUUUUAUUAAAAUAAGUAAAAAAUUUAUUCGAAAUAAUAAAAUGUAUUUCCAGUAUGACGGAGAACCCGUUUUUAGUAAAAUUUACAAAUUGCAUUUCACACACAAAUGCCAAUGUUUGUUUUUGUCUCCAAAUCCCCCCAUUCUAUAA